AUUUUAAUGUUAAGUAUGAAUAAACUAAUAGCACUGAUAUGUAAUAAAAGGAGCUCACAAUUUGUCACAUUUAUUGCCGCCUAUCAUGUGUUAGACGAUAGCCGACAAUCAUCUCGUAAUCAUCGAUAUCAUAGUAACCACUGGUGGUCACCGUCGCCGUCGACAUACCGUUACCCGGCAGCAGCAGUAGCCUAUAGAAAGCCAAUGAGAUGGGCUCUAAUGCAAAACAACAACAACAGCUUGAAUAUCAACGAUUUGGUCAAACAGUGUCAACCAUUUAUCGUAACGGUAUGUCAAACAAGUCAGUUAGACAGUUGGAUAAUCACUGGCCAGAGCACUGGUGUUAUUGUCGACAAUAUCCAGGGUUUGAUUGUGACCAACAAUCACUGUGUUAUGGGUUCGGAUAUUAUGCGCAUUUACUUUCAUCAGCCGCCAGACAGCCAACUAACCUAUGAUCAAGUGUUUGUCGAUCAUCCAAAACACGAUGUCAUCAAAGAUAUUGUUGGCCAUGUAGUCUAUACGGAACCCUAUCGUGAUCUGGCACUCAUACAGUUGCCUCCAGUCAGACCCGGAGUGUUAGUCCAGGCUCUGUUCGACACGAACUGCGAAUCGGGUGAUCCAAUCCUGACGAUUGCUACCUAUACGGAUCGGGUGGAAGCAGUCGACGGUCUUAUAGUUGAUCCGCAAGUUCCCGAAAUUUGUCAGCAAUUUUUUAUGUACAGUACUGGUGUCACUCAAAACGAUAGUGUCUGCCAACACACCGGGUUCUGUAGAGGAGGCUAUUCGGGCAGUCCAAUGGUUAACGCCAAUGGCCAUGUAGUGGCCAUUCACAAUGUCGGUACACCCAACUCAUCGUGUAGUGGUACGGGAUUGAAUGCCAAAGCUGUUUUGGAUUUUAUAGCUAAAGGCAAACAGUUUAUGGCCACAAAUAGACAGUUAGCUAAUACGGAAAGGGAACAGUCAUAUAGUAAUAGAUAUCAUAAAAAACUAUUGGGACUCAUAUUGGAAGGCAAUGUUAUCAGAGAAUAUUCUAUGGCAUCACAGGAAGUCAGAAAUAAUUUGUCUAUCGGUGACACAAUUCAGGCCAUCAAUGGUAACCCGUGUACAACAUUUGUAGCAUUUGUAGACCAACUUCAAGCAGUACCCGAUAAUCAAACGGUUACGCUAACCGUUUUACGAAAUGGUUUGGACCCACCUAUAGAAGUUCAGGUCACACCAGUUGUCAUUAAUAGGUUUACUCUUUAAAUAUUUAUACAUAAUUUAUA